AUGAUAUUACUCUCUUAUAAUGUGAGGGGGGUGGGGAAUGUGGCUAAAAGGAAAGUGAUUAGAGAAGUUGUUUGUCGAAACCAUGUAGAGUUUUUAUGCUUACAGGAAACAAAAUUGCAGAACAUUGAUAGGAGGUUGUGUGCUCAGUUGUGGGGAGACUCUGAUUUUGAUUGGAAAGCUGUUGCAGCUGAAAAUAGGGGGAGAUGUGUAAUAGUUAAUGUUUAUGCUCCGUGUACUGCUGUAGAGAAAAGGGCUUUGUGGGAGAAUAUUAUUGCUUGGCGCCAAACAUGUCCGGAGGAUGCUUGGUGUUUAGCUGGUGACUUUAAUGCAGUCCGUUCAGAGGCUGAGAGGAGGGGGUGUACGGGCACAGUGAGUUCACAAAGGCGGGAGAUGCUUGACUUCAAUGAUUUCAUUGAUUCCUUGGAGAUGUUAGAUAUUCCGUUGGCCGGAAGGAAAUUUACUUGGAGAAGGCUGAAUAAUCAAGCUCAGAGUCGAAUUGAUAGAUUUUUUAUCUCAGCUGGUUGGAACGUGUUGUGGGCUAAUUGUUCUCAGGUGGUACUUAACAGAGAUAUUUCUGAUCAUUGCCCUUUGUUGAUGAAGCAAUGUUUUCAGAACUGGGGGCCAAAACCGUUUCGAGUUCUGAAUUGCUGGCUUCAGGAUCCGAGGUUAUCUGCAGUAGUCGAUUCGACAUGGAAAGGUCUUAGUGUGAAUGGGUGGGGAGCUUUUGCUCUCAAGGAGAAAUUAAAGGGUCUCAAAGGUAGCUUGAAACAGUGGAAUAAAGAUGUUUUUGGGGAUUUGAAAUUUAGGAGGGAGGUGGCUGUCCAAAAAAUUAAUGAUUUGGAUGUUAAGGAGGAAGAGGGGGGUUUGACUCAUGAAGAGGUGGAAUUGAGGAAAGUACUGUUAAAUGAGUUUUGGGCUGUGCUAAAAUUUCAUGAAUCACUUUUGUGUCAAAAAGCAAGAUCAAAGUGGGUUGCAGAGGGAGAUCAGAACACUAGCUUCUUUCACUCAACAAUUAACUGGAAGAGGCGGGCAAACUCAAGUGGGUUUGAUGAUAGAUGA